GAACUGCCGCCGAGCGAGCCGGCAGAGACUCCGCCCAGAGCCAUCCCUUCAGCAGAGCGAGGCUGGCCUGUCCGGGGAGUCAGAGCUAGACCCAUAGAGCUCGCUAGUCCUCCACGUCUAGAAAAGCCCCGGAAACGCUUUGCGGGGGACUGGACAUACGGGACCGUCGGUCCCUCAGUCUGUUCCCUCGGCUGAGGCCAGGCUCACCGGACUGCCAUUGCCAGGACAGCGCUACUUUGGAGAGAUGGCUGCUGAGGAAUCCCAACCCCUGUUGAGCUCCAGGAAGCCCAGUGAGCAAUGGUUGCUGCCUGCUGAGAGCUUCCCUGUGCUGGAUGUCUACCUGAGCAAAGUCCAGAACAGAAAGCUAUAUCUGGCCACCUUUGCUGCUGUUUUGGGACCCCUCAGCUUUGGAUUUGUCCUAGGUUACAGUUCACCAGCUAUUCCAGAUCUGAAGAAAAUUAGUGACCCUAAAUUAAGAUUAGACACCAACGAAGCAUCAUGGUUUGGGUCUGUAGUAACAUUAGGAGCUGCUGCUGGAGGAAUACUGGGAGGCUGUAUGGUGGAUAAAGUUGGGAGGAAGUUGAGUUUGAUGCUGUGCUCAAUACCAUAUGUCUCUGGGUUUACAAUUAUCAUAUCCGCCCAGAAUGUCUGGAUGCUUUACAUUGGACGAAUAUUGACUGGGUUAGCCAGUGGCAUAACUUCACUUGUUGUUCCAGUGUAUAUUUCUGAAAUAUCCCACUCAAAAAUUCGAGGAACACUUGGCUCAUGUGUUCAGCUGAUGGUGGUGACUGGUAUACUGGGAGCUUACGUUGCAGGAAUGGCACUCAGAUGGCGCUGGCUGGCUGUGCUAUGUUCUUUCCCACCCUGCAUAAUGCUCGUGUUCAUGUCCUUCAUGCCUGAAACACCUAGGUUCCUGCUGAACCAGAAAAAACGCACUGAAGCUAUGGCUGCUUUACAGUUUCUACGGGGAUCAGAGGUGGACCAUGAAUGGGAAUGCAGGCAGAUUGAAACUAGUGCGGAGGAGCAGCACAGACUAAGUGUUGCUGAAUUUAAGAAUCCAUCUAUCUACAAGCCAUUUCUUAUUGGUGUGGCACUGAUGUUCUUCCAGCAAGUAACAGGGAUUAAUGCAAUUAUGUUUUAUGCAGAAACUAUCUUUGAAGAAGCUAAUUUUAAGGACAGCAGAAUGGCCUCUGUUGUUGUGGGUUCCAUACAAGUGUUUUUCACAGCUGUGGCUGCACUUAUUAUAGAUAAAACUGGGCGAAAAGUACUGCUUUCUAUUUCAGGGGUCAUUAUGGCUAUCAGCACUGCAGCAUUUGGGCUGUACUGUAAAGUGAUCCUUCCAAACCCUCAGAAUUCAUCACAACCUGACUUAUUGACUACACUAAAUUCAACAUCUGUAGGAGCAGAAAACAACCUAGCAUGGUUGGCUGUAGUGAGCUUGGGACUGUUCAUCACUGGUUUUGCCCUUGGUUGGGGUCCCAUUCCUUGGCUGGUGAUGUCUGAAAUAUUCCCACUUAAAGCUAGAGGGAUUUCCAGCGGUGCCUGUGUCUUAACAAACUGGUUGAUGGCUUUUUUAAUAACCAAGGAAUUUCAUGAUCUUACAGGCUUCCUGACUUCCUAUGGCACUUUCUGGCUUUUCUCUGUCUUCUGUAUUCUAAAUGUAAUUUUUACUGUCCUGUAUGUGCCUGAAACAAAAGGAAGGACAUUGGAACAAAUAGAGGCUCACUUCCGAAGAUCACCUGUGACCUGAGGUUCUUUCCCUGUAGGAAAGUUUUCCUAUUAGGUUACUGUUAGUGUUAUUGCCUAAACUUUUCCAAGAAACAUCCUCUGGGUUAGUAGGCUGCACCUGAAUUCAUGAUGUGGUUAAACAUGGUUUAAAUCAACUUCUAAUCAAUUUUGUUAACUUUGGCAAAAAUCUGAAUUGCACUGUGGAGAACCAAAACAUUGUUCUCAUAUGCAUGUAUGCAUUCAGCUUCUUUCAGGUAUACAAAGCAGCAGGUGGUGCUAAUUCACUCUGAUACAUGAGUUAUUCUCUCCUUUUCCCAGGCCUUGGAGCUUCAUUGGGGCUGUCACUGUCUUUCUCUUUCCAAUGUUCCCUUUACCUACUGUAGAUCAGUUAUGAAGGCUGAAUAACUGCUUUUAAUAGAUUAGCUGGUAUGCUGUU